AACGGUUGAAUGUCCCGGCUGAUUGCGAUGUUGUGAUUAUCGAAGGAGUUAGGCUACUGGGACUGUAUGUGGUCGGAUAUUUAUGCCACGUUGGCCGAAGCGUACUUGAUAGUGUAUAACAUAUUAUUUUAUGGAGGAAAAUAACUUGGUUACCAUGGAUACUGAAACCCCAAAGGAAAAGAAGCCAAGAGUCUUGAAGCGUAUAAAGAAAAAGAAGCUGGAUCUGAAUGCUUCAUCCUCAACAAAGAAGAAGAAAACAUUCAGCUAUGGUCGUAGUAAUAUUAGUUUGAGUACUUCGAUACAGAAGCAGAGUUUGCGGGCAAACAACAAGGCGCUGGCCUUUAACUUGGAGAGGUCUAGGGAGGCUCUCCGUUUUGCUAAUGAUUCAAACCUGGAGCUACAGAGAUCAAACCAAGAACUUCACAUGAAACUCACAACUUUAGAAAGAGUGGCUGGACUGAAAGAUGGGGACAUUGAAAAUGAAGUCAAUGCCAGGUUAAAGAAACACAUGUCGGAACUGAAGACUAAGAUGGUCGGCAUGAGGCGACUUUUCUAUGAUGCGUUUGCCUGCAUGGACGACGUAAUGGAUAUGUGUAAUUUGUUGUCGCGUCACUCCAGUGGCGGUCAUCGCGACGCCUCGCUCGGUAGCUCUCUCAGCGAAACUUCGAUGUCGCAUGGAACUUUUGAAGGUCACUGCAGGUCUCUUUUCUCUCAGAUCCCAAAGAUGGUGUUCUCGUCAAUGUUACCAAGCAAAGAUGACCUGCCGUCGGAGUCAGGACCAUCGCCACUCUCGGCCAUCUCCCACGAUAUGAGUAUGAUUGCAGAGACCUCUGUACUGCUCGACGAUAUAACGCCUCCAAGUGACUUGAUGGAGCACAUCACAGAUAUUCAAGAGUCAGACAACGAAAGUGAAGAACCACAUAAAACAAAAUCUCUCAGUGAUAGCAGUGGUGACAGCUGUGUCAAGAUGGCUCCACAGCGAGUGUUGAAGAAGAAGAGCCGAGAGUCUCCUCCAGUUAACACAUCUAAGCCUCCGUCUGCUUCCGCUUCCGCGGAGCAGGUGGAUGUUCAAGCUGGUAGUCCUGCUGUGAGAAGCAAGAAAUUGGAUCGACGAGGCACAUUUGUUAUUAACACCUCAAAGAUGUCUGAUAAUAUGCCGUCAAAAUCAAUGUUUUCUAAGGAACAUGCUUCAGAUAUGGAAAAUGAAGAAAGCAAACCAGCCGCGAAGAAUUCACAAACAGGCAAAGACCCAUCCGACAAAGGCUCUGCAGCAGGAAGUGAUUCCUCCUCAAAAUUAAACAUGCUAUCCCAACCAUCAAAAAAACCCAAGUCACCUGUAGUUAGUUCAAAGACAAGGUCAAGAUCAAAAGGAAGGCUGGACAAGCCAGGGUUGACUGUUACUGAAUGUGCUGACAGUGCUGACGUACAGGACCGUAGAAAAACUUUUGUGGUGCCGGCAGUGGAACAGGUUAGGGAGUCCUGUAAGCCCGGCACUUCCAAGUCAGCUGAAUGUUUGUCUGUCGAAAGUGUAGGAGAGACUGCAGAUGAUAGACGCAAAACAUAUCUGCUCCCACCUGCGCUUUCGAAUUCAGCCAGCAAUCUAAGCUUGUCGCCUGUUCUAGUGGGAAAUCCUGAAGAUGUUACACAAUGUUUCAGUCUAGACAUGGAAAUGACUGAGGUAAUUGAUAACACACAGCUUAUUCAAUUGGCUAACUCUGAACAAAAUCAAUCAACGGAAAUAGAGGCUACGAAAAGCAGUCGAUCAGAAUCGGAAAAAGAAAUUCCUAAAACAUCCAAGCAAGGAAGUGAAAGCAUUACUUUGUUGCCUAACUCUUCUGAUUCAUCAGAUUCUGAGACACUGAGCAAGCCAGCAUCUGUGGAAUUCCGUAUUCCGCGUCCGGGUAAAAUUAUCUUCUCGGCAUCCAGGAAGGAAAUGGAUGGGUCAAGAAAACCAGUUCCCUCAAAGCUGCCACUGAAAGCUCGAACAAAAUCAAAGAUAAAAUUGAGCAGGAGUAAAGGGCGGAAAGAUACCGUGCCAGAAUCACCUAAGGAACUAAAAUCAAUAUUUGAUUUUCACGACAGGACUCCAAAAGCUAAGGAAGUUACAACAGCAAAGACAACAGGCUCGGUGUACGAUUUGUCCAUGAAUGAGUCGCUGAGAGACAAUGUUAACAAACCGUCGCUGAGUCAGUUCAGAGAGAGUUGUGGGAAAGAACAGAAAGAGAAAACUUCAGCAGGAAGUAAACCCGCUGAUAUCAAACUUUUAUCCGACAAUCCGGUGUAUUACGAACCUCUGAAGGAAUGCUCACCCGAGCCCCCAGUACAGAAACGCAGCAGGUCAAAAAGUAGAACAAGGAAAGGGGACGCUGAUAAUGAAAUUGAGAGUCGCAGCUCGAGGGCCCGGUCCCGCAGUCGUAGGCAAGAGGCGGAGGAAAAAGCAGAAACAGAUGAAAUAGUUGUAAAUGAUCUGGAGUCAAGAGGGAGGUCUCGCAGCAAGCGUAGGCAAGAGGGGGAGGAAAAAGCAGAAACAGAUGAAAUAGCUGUAAAUGAUCUGGAGUCAAGAGGGAGGUCUCGCAGCAGGCGUAGACAGGACACAAAAGAGGUAGCUUCCCCUGUCCCAGCAAACCCCAAGGAAUCUAGUUCUAGUGGAAUUGAAGAAGAGGCUGAAAAUUUCAAGUCACGGGGAAGGUCACGUAGCAGACGUAGGAAGGACAAUGUGGAAUCUGAGAGUGAAGUUGUUACUGAAAGGUCCCGAAGUAGAAAUAGGAAAAAGGAUGUUGACAAUGAUGGAAAAAAAGGAAGUGAGAUAGAUGAGAUGAACUCCAGAACACGAUCUCGAAGCAGACGGCGCAAAGAGCAGGUAGAAGAGGAUGUCAUUUCACCGAAAGACGAUUUGGAUUCUGAUUGUGAUGGUACCAACUCCAGAUCACGAAGCAUCAAAAGAAAAAGGGAUACUAAUGAAGACACAAACUUGUUGAGCGAAAAGAAUGGACUAAAAUCCAGGACACGGUCCAGGAGUCGACAUCACAAAGACAUCUCGGAAAAGGAUAUUCCAUUGGAAGAUGUCGACAGUAACUCCAAUAUUUAUGAAUCAAGAAGUACUUCUGGAAGCAGGCAAAUCAAAGAUGCAAAUGUGAAGACUUCUGAAUCUAAAUUUGAAAAAGAGAAUGAAGGUCAUACGUCGACAGCAAGGUCAUCAGAUAGAGAAAGCCCAACUAAGGAAGAUAUUGUCAGCCGAAAAUCAAGAGGAAGAGAGAGAUCAAAAUCAAGGGGGAGAGUAAUUCAAGACAAGGAAGACCUUGAUAUUGUCACUAGGAAAUCAAGGGGGAGAUCAAAAAGUCAACGGAGAAAAGACACAGUUGAUUCACAGAGUGAGACCGAUGUAUCAUCAUCCCAAACAAAAUCAAAAGGUAUUGACUGUAUAAAUGUUGAAGAAACACCUGACAAAGAACUUAGAAAAAUGAAGACUGCCGAUGCAGAUUUAAUUGAGGAGGAAAGGAAGGGUGCCUUUAAAAGGAGUCGGUCAAGGGCCCGAUCUAGGACCAAGAAAAAAGAGGAAUCGACAGGGGAAGAAGGGGUUGCUUCCAAACAUGGAACGCAAUCCAAGACAAACGCAUCGGAGGAACAGGAACAGCCAGAAGUUGUGGUACUUCACAGUGAUGAAGAACAGAUAAAUGAUUUGCCUAAAAAAAAGUCUCGAAGUCCUACAGCUGAAGUGGACCAGGUCCCAGCAAGCUCUGAUGAGGAUAAGGCCAGUGUGUCAGCACAGAAAAACAUUGCGAAUAAGAACUUGUUAAAGUCAGGCGUGAAAGAAAAUAAAGAUGAUGACGUAGAGAUUGAUGAAUCUGUUAUUAUCGUGUCAUCAUCACCACCACCGCCAAAAGAGAAAGUGAAGGCGAAGAAAAAGUUGUCACUUCACAAGAAAAGUAGUAGCAACAGCUCAGAUUCCUUGGACACCAACGAACAAUCAAACACGACUAAAACAAAAGAGGAUGCAAAAAGUGUUGAAGAAAAGGACAAUUCGUCAGAGAAGAAACGGAGGAUCGAUGCUAGUGAUGGAGAUGAGAUUCCACGCUUGGCUGAAGGUCUCUUUGUGACCAAAAGAGGCAGAAGUCUGAAGCUAAGCAAACAGACAAUGGACACCUUCGAGGACCAGGAUUUAUUUUUCGAUUUUGAGAAUCUUUCCAAUAACUAUAAUGUAGAAACUAAUAAGAUUAAGUUGCCAAAAACUCCAAGUACACCUACUGUAGAGGGGUCAAAGGCCACUCCAAAAGACAAAACAGUGAGUUCAAAGUUAAAGAAACUGAAAAGUGCGAAGAAAAGUACCAGUAAGCGGCGCCGAUCCAAUUGCAGUUCAGUUUCUGAAGCUGAGCAGCAGACUCCAGGAAACAGCAACUCGGUCAAUGAGACAAUUUCCAGUACAGACAAGGAGAAUGACAGACCUGCUCUGGGAUUUUCGGAACAAAUGCAGAACAUCAGGAAGAAGCUCGUGUCACUAGACAAACAACAGAGUAAGACGUCGAUAGGGUCACAGCCCUCAGCUGGCCUCAGCAACUUUGACUUCUCAAAACUAGACAUGGGCUGCAGCAAUGAACCAGAAAACAAACGACAGAGGAGGGGAACUGCACAGGUGUCGUACAAAGAGAUGUCUCUUACGUCGAAAUUAAGACGGGAAGACAUUGAAGGUCCAAAAAGGUCCAAAGGUUCUAUGAGCAAUACAUCAACACCUGUAGCCAAGAAGACAUAUGCUACUUAGACGACCCGGAGGAGCUCUCAAAAACCAAUCUCAUGAUCAAACUUGUGUUUGGAAAAGACCGAUAUGUAAUUAUUCACCUUAAUUGCAUUUGACGACUGAAACAAUGAUUUCUGUACAAGCGUGUAAGAUACAUAACAGAUUUAAGACAGAAUGAGAAACACGUUUUGUUGAUAUCUGCGGUCAUUUGCUCAAACCGCUAUCAGCUUUAUGAGACAAACAUGAAAAUUCCGAAACUCAAAUGUUUUUAUAUUUUUUGAAAAUUUUAAUGAAAACUGUGUGUGUCAGGAUUCUAAGUGAUAACCUUAGGACAGAGAUCAUGAAAACAUUGUAUAUUUUCUGAUUGUUUGGCAAUAAUAUGUUUUAAUAUAAAAUGAAAAUUAAACUUAAUAACUGCACUUGAAUUACUGGACCCUGUCAUGUCAUAUCAUGUUUUUGAAAUUGAAUUUGUUUAUUCAUAGGAUUCAUUAAAAACAUCAUAUAUUAGAUAAUUAUCCGACGAGUGUGAUAUACUAAGAAGGAAUAUUGAGAAGCGAAGGCUAAGUAAAUGUUCCCUUGUUCACACUUUCAUUAAUGUCGAGAAAAUCCAAAAUCAAUUAUUGUGAUUCCAAAUAAGUACCAAAGUAAAACCAAAACGUAAAUUUAAAGUACAUUUCCAAACUUUAUUAUUCAUUCAAUUCAUUGAUUACAUAUGCAUGCAGUAAUAUGAUGUGACAUUGCAACAUCAUUUUGGGGAUAUCAAAAAUAGUUCAUGUGUAAAUUAUCCCACAGCCAGCUCACUUUAGGGUGUAAUAUAUUAAUGUUGGUUUACAGUUAUGUAAAUUGACAGGGAUUCAAUGUACUUAAUAAAACAAUGUAACUGUAUAAAACACAAUACAAAGCUUAAAAGUAAAAGGAUUGUUUGUGAAAGAUUGCUAUAAUGUACAAAUAGAUACAUUUCAAUGUUUUAUAUAAGAUGUUUAUUAAUCUCUGAAAGUUAUGUGAAUCCGAGGAAGUAGGACUGUAGAAAUGUCUAGUCACAUUAACAGUAGGGCAUUAUCCUGUGUGCUGGUGGGAGUACACAUAGUUUGUUGAUACUAGGACAACGUCUUUGUGAAAUCUGUUAACACAACUUUUCAAUAUUUUACUUUUUUAUUGAGUUGAACCAUGUGAGAAGUAUGUACAAUAUUCAUGUGUUAAUUUUAAUAUGUGUUCGCUUUUGUGCCUGGAAAUAUAUAGUUGUGAAACAGACAAUUAUCUAUGUAUUUUUUUUUUUAAAUGUCUUGUCUAUUUUAUGCUUUUAGUUCUGGCAGCUAUGAAUAGAUGUACAUUGUAAAUGUUCUUUUCAUAAGAUUUUAUUUGCAUGAAUGAAAAUGUCUGAUUAAAAAAUCCACGACUGUACAUAUUUUGUACAGUGUACAGAUGAAUGUGUGUACAAUGUAUUAUGUAUAUGUAUAGUGUGUAACCAUUAUUUAUUCUUCUCAAACAUUUAUAUAUAUUAUAACUUGUAUAUGUAUACUAGUAGUGGGCUGAUGAUCAAUUAUAACAAAACUUGACAGGUUUUCACUUUUCAGAUCCGAUUAUUGAUAAUAAUUUCAAUAAUCGGUAUAAUUUGUUCAAUACUGAAUUCAAAUGUAUGCAGUGUACAAUAUGCAUUGAAAGUCUUUUAUAACUUUUUUUUUUUUUUGGUUGACGGUAAUGUUGAAAAAUAUCAAAACUGUAAAUGUUGGUUGUAAUCUAUUCAUGAUAAAAGAAGGAAUCUUAAUGUACCCAUUAUAGCACACAACUUUGUCAAUAUUGAUGUAACAAUAGUGUUGCCAUCUUAUUUGGUAACCUGAGUUUCCUCUGGCCCUGACACCAGACUUAAGACAUUUUGACCGAUAGAUCCCGAGUUUCCUCUUGCCCUGACACCAGACAUCUAUCUGUCUGCUAUCAGAGCCAGAAGAAACUCGGGCUUCUUAUUUGGGUAUACAGUCACAUGAAGUGGUAAACUGAUUAUGCAAGCAAUCAUCAAUGGGCUUACUACUUCUAAUUACAAACUGAUUAUUGAUUAUGAUUUUGAACUGAUUGCUGAUUAUCAAUGUAAACACUCAUGUAUACAGCUGGUGGUACCAGCAGAAACUGUAGCUGACUAAAUUAGUCUAUUUGUUUUCAUAUAGUUUAUCAGUUUUUAAGAUGAUAUGGAAGCAGUUAUCUAUUUCUGACUGUAUGCUUGCAUAAGAACAGACAUUUUCCUGGUUCCUCAUUAUUGUCGACAUUUUAUGCUCAAUUUAAGUACUCGCAGAUUGAUAUUUUUCCAAUGCACAUUUCAUCAGAUGUGUUUCAUGUUUUCUGGGACAACUAAAGAGGGUGUAAUUAAGGGGGAGAGUCCCCCCCUUUUCUGCAUUAAGUUGCUUGUCCUUUUCCUUUCCCUAAAAAAAAUCUCCAUUUCAAGGACCAAAUUCAAAACUUAUUGAUUAUCAAGCUGAGAGCUCAUCCAUCACACUAUCUCCCCGGUCACUAAUUCCUCAAAAAUUGUAUAUCCUAAUUGUCUUAAUUGUAUAUCUAUGUACUGUAAAGCGCU